AUGUCUCCUUUGUCUCCUCCCUGUGCAUCUGUUUCUCCUUCUGCUGCUGUCUCUGUAUCUCUUGCUGCUCCUGCUGCUGCUCCUGCUGCUGCUGCUGCUGUUGCUGCUGCUGCUGCUGCACCUGUUGCUGCUGCUGUUGCUGCUCCUCUUGUUCUGUCUCAAACAGGAGACAGUUUGUCUCCUGCUGCAGCAGCACCCAGGGCGAGAAGGCGGCAACUGUCUCCUUUUUUGCUGCUGUCUCCUUCCGCUGGAGACAGCAGCAGCAGCAGCAGCAGCAGCAACUGCAGCAGCAGCAGCAGCAGCAACUGCAGCAGCAGCAGCAGCAGCAGCAGCAGCAGCAGCAGCAGCAAGGAGAAACAGGAGCAGAAGGAGAAAGCAUAUAUGCAUGGAGACCUGAUUGUCUCUUUUUUUUAUUUAUUUUUAUAUUUCAUUGUGUCUCCUCUUUUAUCUAUUUGCAACAAGAGUCUCCUUUCUGCAGCAGCAGCAGCAAACACACCCAUCUGCUGCUGCAUGCUGCAGCAGGUCGUUCUCUGUCUCUGGCUACUAGCUGCUCAAAUACCUUGCCCAAGGAGACAGCCGCAGCAGCAGCAGCAGCAGCAGCAGCAGCAGCAACUGCAGCAACACCCCCAGCAGCAGCAGCAGCAGCAGCAGCAGCAAGAGCAGCAGCAACUGCAGCAACACCCCCAGCAGCAGCAGCAACAGCAGCAGCAGCAGCAGCAGCAGCAGCAGGAUGUUGGUGAUAAAUCUGUAUCAUUGUAUGACAGCAGCAGCAGCAGCAGCAGCAGCAGCAGCAGCAUCAGCAGCAGCAGCAGCAGCAGGAGCAAGCGAUCUGUCUCCUUUCUCGAGGGUGUCUCCUUUCUGCAGCAGCUGCAGCUAGCUGCUGCAUAUGUAUUGAUGCUUUGGCUAUCUAGCUGCUGUCUCUCUGUCUCUUCUCUCUCCUCUUAUUAUCUAGCUCGUUCUGCUUCUGUUCCCGUUGCUCUGCUGCUGGAGAUACUCAAUGUGCUGCCGCCUGCUGCUGCUGCUGCUGCUGCUGCAGCAGCAGCAGCAACGCCAGCAGCAGCAGCAAAGAAACAAACAACAAAUGUAGGAACUGCAGCAAAACCUGCUGCUGCUGCAGCAGAUACUGCAGCAGCAGCUACAGCAGCAGCAGCAACAGCAGCAACAGAAGAAAGUGCAACAGAGACCGCAGCAGCAGCAACAGCAGCAGCAGCAACAGCAGCAGCAGCAGCAGCAGCAGCAACAGCAGCAGCUGAUGGUUGGAUUUGUUAUGGACUGCAGGAAAUAAAGAAAAAAAGUAAAGAGACAAAAGAAAGAAUAAAAAGGGUUGGCUGUCUGCGUAUUGUUUCUGCUGCUGCUGUUGCUGCUGGUGUUGCUGUUGCUGCAGCAGAAGGAAAGACACUGAAUAUGCAUGCGGCCUGUCUUGGUGCUGCUGCUUCUGCUGCUGGUGCGGUGUAUAUGCACCUAGCAAAGGAAAUCCUCAACAAACAAACACAAGCUGCUGCUGCUGCUGCUGCUGCUGCAGCAGCAGCAGCAGCAGCAGCACGAACAGCAGCAGUAGAACACCCUUCAAACCAAGAAACGAUCACUGCAGCAGCAGCAACAGCAGCAGUAACAGAGCAGCAACAGCAGCAGCAACAGCAGCAGAGCAGCACCAGCACCAGCAGCAACAGCAGCAGCAGCAGCAGCAGCAGCAGCAGCAGCAGCAGCAGCAUUGAGGCCCCACUGGAUCCGAGUAGUAUAAGAGAGAGAAUUGAGUUGUCUUUAGCAUUGCGUGUUGCUGCUGUGAGUAUAGUGUUGCUGCUGCUGCUUGCUGCAGCACACAAGGAGCCGUUGCUGCUGCUGCAGCGCCUGCAGCAGCAGCAGCAGCAGCAGCAGCAGCAGGAGCAGCAGCAGGAGGAGCAGCUAUCUUUAUAA